AUGAGCAACAAGAAUGGAAAAACGGGAUCAUCUAAAGCAGCCAUCGCCCAGUCGGGUGAGACCAGUUUGAACACGAAGCCAGGCUUCCAAGAUGGAAAGAGCCUUCCUAUGUGCCUUGACCCCCCACGAAACUCUCGUACAAUUCUGGUAGGGAGAGCUCCAUCCAUGCAUGCUUCAGGUUCUGUACCUAGUGCCGAUGCCAACCUGACCAGGAACUGUCACCGAUGUCUAAGCCGUCACAAUUACAACGGGGCAUCCUCACAAUCUUGUCUAUGUGAGCUGAAGAGAGCAGAGUUUGGCGCCAACUCAAGAGUUUCGGCCUUGGUCUCUGGCGCUUUAGUGCCUGGUGGUACUGGCUCUAUCGGUCAUUUGGACUUGCGAAAGAUUCCCCGACGCUGGAAUUUCACCCAUAUGCGACCUUUCAAACUGGCACUCACGAAUUCCGGCGGCCUGGGAAGGUGCAUGUGUUGUUUGCCGCAACCGUUUUGA